CCAAAUUAAUUACAAAACGAAGAAUAUGAUGUUUCGUGGCUACGCCGCGAUCGGGCCGAAAGCGUCCUCGGUGUUCCGCGGAAGCGUCUGGCGGGCUUGGAAACACGUCAUUGGCUCGCCGCGGCUUUUUCGGGGGACCGUCGGAUGGGAACCAGACUUGGUACGAGCGAUCGCGAGGAACACGGAGAUCUCGAGAGAUCACAUGACGCCGGAGAUCGGAUUGCAUCUGCUAACGCCUAAUUGCCACUUGUACCACGCGCCGUUCUUGAACGCGCUGGAAGAGGACGAAGCGAGGAAGGCGGUGUUCACGGAACCCUUCUGGUCGAUUUACUGGCCAGGCGGACAGGCGUUGACGAGGUUUAUUUUGGACGAGGGAAAGUCUCUCUUCUCGGGAUCCGCGAAAACGAAGGUUUUGGACGUGGGAUGCGGCUGCGGCGCCGCCGCCAUUGCCGCGAAACUGGUCGGCGCGGGAAUAGUCGUGGCGAACGAUAUAGAUAAAGUUGCGUGCGUAGCCGCCUCGAUGAACGCGGCGUUGAACCACGUGGACCUGCAGGUGUCGCAAGAGAAUCUGUUGCAACGACCGGUUGGGAAUCUCGCGGACGUCAUCUUCGUCGGGGACAUGCUGUACGACGAGAAGAUCGCGGUGACGUUGGUUCCUUGGCUCGAGGAAGCGCGGGAACGCGGGACACGGAUUUAUUUAGGGGAUCCCGGGAGACACGGUUUGACCGAGGACUUGAGGAACCGUUUGAGAUUAAUUAAAAGUUACUCGUUACCGGAAACCGUCAAGAGAGAGAAUUACGGUUACGAUAAAUGCGAUAUCUGGGAAUACGUUGGCUAAGGAGACUGUUUGCAGAUUGCGUACCGAUCGAAGAUUACACUGGCGUGGCGUUUGAAGUUUUGAGCGGAGAAUUGCUCGAUUGAUAAAAUGCUGGCUAAUCUUUUAAACACUCCUUCAUCUGAUGGAUUCUGAUGGAUUCUUUGUGAUAUAUUGAAGCACUUUGCGGUGUUAUUAAUUAACCCUGGGAAGACUAAGCCUCGAGACGACGCGAGACACCUGCGUAGAAGAAUAAUUCUCUUUACUGUUUUCGGGAAGAAAUGUCUUCUUCUGUGUCGAUUUUGAAGAUUAUUGCCUAAUCAGAUUUUGGAAGCGUUAUAAAUUAGAGAAGCUUUUAGUAUCUAACCAAGACUAGCGAUACAUUAACACUAGAACUAUCAAACCGACCAAUCUCUUCUUUUACAGUUACUGUAAAAGUACAGACGCUUCUUUAAGAAAUCAUUAAAGUGGUUUAGUGAUACCUAAACUGAAAUACAAGCCAAUUGAAAUCUGAAAUUCUGCAAAAAUGCACCCUGCAUAUUUGAAACAUUUACUCCAAGAGUCAACAAGCUAAGCGUAAGCUCUUGCACUAGAGAAUAGUUUCCCAACGAAUGUUCAUUAUUUUCUGAACAAGUGUCAAUGAUACCUUUUGCAACUAUCAAAGACAUAUAUUGCAUACAUUAAGGGGUGGCUGAUGUGUUGACACAGUAUACAAAAUUGAAUACUGAAUUGUUUCCCCAAUGAAUAUUAUUUUCUGAUCAACUGUCAAUGAUACCUUUUGCAACUAACAAAGACAUAUUGCAUACAUUAAGGGGUGGUUAAUGUGUUGACACAGUAUACAAAAUUCAAUACUGAAUUGUUUCCCCAAUGAAUAUUAUUUUCUGAUCAAGCCUCAAUGAUACUUUUUGCAACUAACGUAAAGACAUAUUGCAUAGAUUAACUCUUUGCACUCAAGAGGUGACUCUCAUUAACCACCUGAUUCGAUGCAAUAAAAUCAUAAAAUUUGAUAUUUAAUAUUGAACUGUGUAUAGAGUUCGUAUCAAAAAACAUCGUUUUUGUCUAGUUAGAAAAUGCUAAAUAUUUUUAAUAAAAUACUUCCGAGUGCAAAGGGUUAGGGGGUGGUACUGCUUAUAUCAAUGUUCCGUGAUUUGACACAGUGAAAACUCAAUACUGAA